AUGAGCAAUCAAAAUCUUACCGGUUUAGUUCCAGUUAUUUAUAACGCCAUGGUUUCUCUUAGAACCAGUACCAACUAUGAUGGAAACCACACUGCUGCUAACUGUGCCUUAUUCACUCGUAACGAUCAAUCAACCGAUAGAGAUGGUAGUGAAGCUUGGUGUGCAUCAGUUAAUGAUACUAACCAAUAUAUUAUUGCCGGUACCGAUGUUUUAAGAACCUACGUUGCCAUUACUCUUCAAGGUAGAGGUGAUAGUGACCAAUGGGUUACCGCUUACAAACUUCGUUACACUGCUGAUGGUGUUACAUGGGUUGAUUAUAGAAAUGGUGGUUCAAUUCAAGGUAAUUGGGAUCGUAACACCCCAAACACCCAUUUCUUUGAUGCUCCAUUUAGAGCUCGUUCCAUUUCUCUCAUCCCACUUUCAUGGCAAAACCACAUUGCAUUAAGAAUGGAACUUUAUGCCAAACCAUUCAGCACCACUUUUGUUCAAAACGGUAAAGUCCAAACAGGUGAAAAAUCACUUCUUGCUAAUGGUACUCUCAAUGCUGAGGUUGUAGUUCCAGUUGUUUUUGAAGAAGAAUUUUUAAGACCACCAAAGAUUUCAAUUUCAUUCUCAAAAUCAGAAACCACUGUUGGUCAAAGCUAUCAAACUCGUUAUGGUGUUAUCACAAGAAAUGUAACCAACAAAGGUUUUGAUGCUGUUUUCCAAACCACUGUAGCCACUAGAGUUAACAACUUAAUUGCUGAGUACAUUGCCAUCUCACAAGAAUAA